AUGAAAGUUUUUGCAUCUCUCAUUGCUGCCAGCGCUGCUCAAGAUUUGUUGACAAGUCUCGACAAAGCAAACAGGUACGUUCGACGACUUGAGGAUUGGCGAGAAGAGUGGAUUGGCACCGAGGGCAAGUUGGGCACGUACGGAAAACUUGAAAAAGUCACGAGAAGAAUCGAAAAUACAGGAGACGCUUUUAGAAAAAAUGUUCUUCUUUGCAAUCCUGAACUGGCUUCUACUGAAGUUGGUGAAGAAUCCUUCAUCGUUCGAAAUUCCUGCAGUGGCGAGAACUGCUCCCUCAUUAACAGCUACAAAAACAUCCAGAAGAUGGAACAACUGAUCGACGAAUCAAUCCAAUGUGAUGGCGAUAUCGGACGAAGUCUUGAUAUUCGACGUGAGGGAUUGAGACGGCGAAUCACCAAGCUCCGCCGAAUUGUCGUCAAUAGUGUUUGCAAGCUCAUCCACGAGGAAGAUGACAAUACUUGCGAUGCUCUCCCUACCGAUGUUUUUGAAAAAUACGACGCUGUGCUUCAGAUCAUGGCACAACAAAGCACCUCAUCAGCUUGA